AUGAACCCCCAAUGGGACCUCCACGCCUCCGCCGAAGACUGGCACCUUUUUGCGGAGAUGGCCUCUAACUCCCAGGACGGACCAAACCACGGCAGUGACCACCAGGAUGAUGGCACCAGAAGACCAACCGUCCCGCAAAUCGUCACCGACGGCACAAACUCCCCCAGCGACCCCAUCAUGACCAAUUCCAGCGAUACCAAGCCCAAGGGCAAGCGAGUCGGCUUCACCUCCGCGCCCUCUUCCGGCGACGACUCGCCCAACGCGGCCGACACCGCCAACCUGCACCUCCAGCCGCGUCCCUUCUCCACCUACGGCGCCCUCCCCUCCAACCCGACCUCCGGCGCCACCACCCCCUUAGGGGAGGGCUACCUCUCGCCUACCCCCACCCGCCAGAGCGCUCCUCCAGCUCCUGACGAGCUCGUCAAAGCUGUGCACAAGGCCUUCGGGCAGCCCAUGCCCGCCAAGCCCAAGCCCGCCAUCCGGAAGACUCCAUCGAUGGGCCUGAGCAACCCCUUCUCCUCCAACAACACCGAGUCGGAUGACGAAGACACGCCCGCGAAGAGAUCGAGAAACGAAGCCCUGGAGCGCGCCAACAGGUUGGCCAAGAGUGUAGGCAGUGCCUCGGCGCCGUCGUCGAGGAGGAAUUCGUUCGAUGGAGGAAGGGGUGAAAAGGCCGUCGAGGCCGGCCCCUCGAGACCAAAGACCCUGGCAGCUGGCCUCGCCAGGGACCGGGCCCCCCGCAAGAGCGCCUUGCUCGAGGAUGUCGUCUCCCAGGACGAGGAGGAGCCUGAGCCGUUGUCAGUAUCGGAAAAGAGGAAGGCUCGGGAAAGCACGCUGGAUGAGGCGAAGAAGCUAGUGAAGAACCACACCCGGAAAAGCCAGUACCAAAAGGCCUCGCUCCACGCCGAGCCUCCCCCAUUCAUCUCGAGACCCACCACCCCAACCAUGGAGCGUGCUUUCGAUGACUACGUCGCUCCGCCGCCCAGGUACCGUGGCGGCAUCUUCGGCGCUCUGCUCAACCUCUACGGCACGCAGGGUGGCUUCCAGGGUGGCAUGCAGGGUGCCCAAUGGUCGCAUUCUCGCACCAACAGCAACACGACGCUGGGUAGCGGGAUGAACACGCCCGGCGGCGUGACGCCUGCCAUCGCGACGCCCCAACAGUCUCCACCGACCUCUGGCACCAACACUCCCGUGACCCCGGGCCAGAGGAGACAUUGGUACGCCCGCAGCCAGCAUGGGCAGCAGUCGCAAACCUCUUUGGCACAGCUCGUCGGCUCGUCCUCCAUGCUCGCUUCUCCGGGCGCGUCUCUCGACUUCGAGCAUGACGUUGCCGAUAAGGUGAGGCGCCAAUCGCGGCCUGGCAUGGGCAAGAGGACACGCAGCGGCGGUGCCAUCACCUCCGCCAUGCAGCGGCUGAGCAAGCCGCGCCUGGAGGACGAGAUCCGCAUCACCGUGCACAUCUCCGAGGUCAUGGCGCGCCAGCGGUACCUGAUGAAGCUGUGCCGGGCGCUGAUGAAGUACGGUGCCCCGACGCACCGCCUGGAGGAGUGCAUGAAGAUGUCUGCCCGCAUUCUCGAGAUCGAGAGCCAGUUCCUGUACAUCCCGGGCUGCAUGAUCAUCUCCUUCGACGACUCGUCCACCCACACGACCGAGGUCAAGCUCGUGCGUGAGACCCAGGGCGUCGACUUGGGCAAGCUACGCGACACGCAUGCCUGCUACAAGGACGUCGUGCACGACCGGAUCGGCGUCGAGGAGGCGACUCAAUGCCUCGAGGAGAUCAUGAAACGGCCGCAGAAGUUCAACCCCUGGUUCCUGGUGCUGAUGUACGGCCUCGCGUCUGCAUCCGUUGGCCCCUUCGCGUUCGAGGCCAGAUUGAUCGACCUUCCCGUCUGUUUCCUCCUGGGAUGCCUGGUCGGCUUCCUGCAACAGAUCGCCGCACCAUCGUCCACGCUCUUCAACAAUGUCUUCGAGAUCAGCGCUGCCGUCCUGACAUCCUUCCUUGCCCGCGCGUUCGGUUCGAUCCGAGGCGGUGAACUCUUCUGCUUCUCCGCCCUGGCUCAAAGUAGCAUCGCGCUGAUUCUGCCCGGUUACAUUGUCCUAUGCGCAUCGUCAGAAUUGCAGUCCAAACAUCUGGUUGCCGGCUCCGUCCGCAUGGUCUACGCCAUCAUCUACUCGCUCUUCCUGGGCUUCGGCAUGACCAUUGGCAUUGUCCUCUUCGGCGUCAUGGACAAGGGCGCAACGUCGUCGCACCAGUGCACCAACACCAUGCCGACCAACUACACCUUCUUCUUCGUGCCCGCCUUCACCAUCUGCCUGUGCAUCAUCAACCAGGCCAAGUGGAAGCAGAUGCCCGUCAUGGUCACCAUCUCCUUCGCCGGCUACGUCGUGACCAAGUUCAGCAGCAUGCGCUUCCAGGGCAACACGCAGAUCAGCAGUACGCUGGGUGCGCUGGCCAUCGGCGCCAUGGCGAACCUGUACUCUCGCCUCGGCACCAAGGCCGACAACCUCUUCCUCGACAUUUACGAGAACCACGUGCGUCCGCGCUACCGCGCCCUGCGCCGCAAGGUCACCGGCAGGAAGGAGGACCUGCGCAAGUCGUACAAGGUCGCCGAGGACAUUCUGCCACCGUCGUCGUCCAGCGCCUCGGAGAUCUACACGCCCCGCGCGCGCAAGGUCGGCUACGGUGUCGCCGCCGCCGCCAUGCUGCCCGCAAUCUUCGUGCAGGUCCCGUCCGGGCUGGCUGUGUCCGGCUCGCUCAUCUCGGGCAUCACCUCCGCCGACCAGAUCGUCCACAACAACACGGGCAGCACCACGACGCUGCAGGCUGACGGCACCGUCAACAGCGCCGCCUUCUCUGUCGGCUACUCGGUCAUCCAGGUCGCUAUCGGUAUUACUGUCGGUCUGUUCCUCAGUGCGCUGGUCAUCUAUCCGUUCGGCAAGAAGAGGAGCGGUCUGUUCAGCUUCUAA